ACAACACUUGCAUGAAGAACCGAGUUCUGUAAUCGAACCACACUGUCUAACCUUUCCCAUCUCACAUAGGGGGGGAAAAAGCACACCAAUUGUAGUAGACUCGCAACACCAAUCCCUCUUAACCUUCACCAUGGGAACACCGUUCGUCUCCUUUCUCGAGCCGACCCGGCUAGACGCCUACAUCCGCGGCGCGCCGCAUGACGAGCAGCCGGCGGCGAUCCCCAAGGGGUUUUGCGACGCCAUGGAGGUGCGUGAGGUUGUCUUCGUAGAGGAGCAAAAGGUGCCUGCCGAGAAUGAGUUCGACGCCGACGACAGCCGUGCAUGCCACUGGGUCGCCUACGCCUCCGUCAACAAGGUCGUCGAGAAGGAGGUCCUUGACGCUGCCGGCAACAUCGCCAAGCCCCGCCGGAGCAGCACGCGCAGCACCCCCAUCGGCACCAUCCGCCUCGUGCCCUUUCCCCACGCCCCACACCCCAAGAACGGGGGCGUUUACUGGGACGGCGAGCUCAAGGAGGACCCGGACGCGGCGGAGCCGUCAGGGAACACCACGACAACGACAACGAGUCCGGCCGUUGAGCAGCAGGCGGAGACCGCGGCGGAACACGUCGGUGAGGAGAGGCGGGUGUCGGUGACCAAGGUCUGCGUACCCGACCGCGCGACGAAGCUACACGACGGGAAGGAGCCCUACGUCAAGCUGGGCCGGCUGGCCGUGGUGCCGGAGUUUAGGGGCCACCGGAUCGCGAGGUUGCUGGUGACGACGGCGCUGGCGUGGCUGCGGGCGCACCCGGGCUACUUCAACCCCAGCAUCAAGGAGAUGGGGCUCGAGCAGAUGGGCGCCGCGAGCGCCGAGGAGAUGCCCAAGUGGAAGGGCCUCGUGUGCGUGCACGCGCAGGCGGCCGUCGUAGGCGCCUGGGAGAAGUUUGGGUUCCAGGUGGACGAGGACAUGGGGACCUGGUGGGAGGAGGGGAUCGAGCAUAACGGCAUGUUUCUGCGGCUGGAGUUCGAGGAGGAGACGCCCGUUCUCUGAGGCAGGUCGUGAGGUUUAUGAGGGGGGGGUGUAGACUAUUAUUGAAAAGGAAAGGGGAGGGAGGUUGAGGUGCCGUCGAGCUGGCCCCGGUGCUGGAUGGGCCAGCCUGAGGGUUUUCAUGAUUUACGAUUCACCAUGACUGCUUCGUUACUUUGUUGGACCAUGGGCCGUAAUAAUUCCCCUAACAGCCAUGGCAGUGAUAACAGAACUCCACCAUAUUUACGCAAAGUAUUGAUACUGUUCCAAGGGCAGAACAGUGAGUGGGAUCAAUCACCGGGGCGUUUGGCACGCUCGUAUUUUGGGCAAGGGUCAGCUGUGUAG